ACAGCCUUGUUACUUUUCUUUUCGUUCAAAAAGUUGCAGAAAAAGCUAGGGCAAAUUUCAGAGCAAUGUCACAUAGGUUCUUGUUAGACCCUGAAGCUGAUGGAUGGGAGCGUUCUGAUUUUCCUAUUUUCUGUAAAUCAUGCCUCGUCGAUAACCCAUACGUUCGAAUGACUAGAGCAGAUUACGACGACGAAUGCAAGAUAUGCAACAGGCCGUUCACCGUUUUCAGGUGGAGGCCAGGCCAAGACGCUAGAUAUAAAAAGACCGUGAUCUGCAGGACUUGUACCAAAAUAAAACAUGUCUGCCAAGUAUGCCUCUUGGAUCUUGAUUACGGCCUUCCAGUCCAAGUUCGAGAUACAGCGUCAUCCACUUAUUCCGGUGACUACAUUCCAAAGAGUGAUGUCAAUAGAGAAUAUUAUGCUGAAGAAUACGAUAGAAAAGCAAGACUAGGAACCGAUCAUGAAUCCUCCUACGGAAAGAUGCAACCAUGUGAUACUAUUCGAAAGCUCCAGAGGACAGCGCCAUACUAUCAGAGAAACAGAGCUCCCCCUUGCAGAUUCUAUGCUCGGGGUAUAUGUAAAAGAGGCGCUGAAUGUCCUUACAGGCAUGAAAUUCCUGUAACUGGGGAGUUGUCUCGACAGAACAUUAAAGACCGUUACUAUGGGGUCAAUGAUCCCGUUGCGGCGAAAUUGCUGAGGAAGGCUGGUGAGAUGCCAUCCCUGGCAUCAAGACAGCAAGCAGCUGCACAUACAGGCUCACCGCCAUCCUACUACAACAGUCUACAUCCACCACCGUCCCGGACUAGUUACCCAUCCAUGAAUCCUCAAAGGAUGGGUGCUCAAGUUCCAUUCCUGGAAGGCUUCAACAAUAGACUAAGUGGAUCAACUGAUGCCCAGCAGAGAAAACAUUACUCUUACCAGAAUUCGUCACCACCAUCACAGGGCUACUACCCACCCUACCAUCCACCAUAUGUGCCAUCUCCUUCACCUGAUCAGCAAUAUCAUCAUCAGCGGACUGGUCUUAGGUUACCACCGGCUAUGGGAGCACAAUCUUAGAUGGAACAUUUUCCAAUCAAUUUUUUAUUUGUUUGUUUUAUGUAGGACUGAUAUUUGAAUAAGAAAUUCAAGGCAAUUGACACAUUUGAUUAACACACUAAUAAAAAGAUAAAUCACACAGAAGUUCCCCA